UGUCCUCACCCGAGAGCUCGUUGACUGCCCCGUGAACUUCUUCCUGUACCCCAUACCGUGCUUUCCACAGAAGCACCGUCCAUCGCCUUUCCACCAAUCCACGGACCACCACAGCUAUGAAGGCCAUCAUUCUCGUUGGAGGGUUUGGAACCCGCCUGAGGCCUCUUACCCUCACAUACCCCAAGCCGCUCGUUGAGUUCGCGAACAAGCCCAUGAUCCAGCAUCAGAUCGAGGCAUUGGCCGAUGCUGGCGUCACUGACAUUGUGCUCGCCGUCAACUACAGGCCCGAGAUCAUGGCCGAGGCGCUCAAGACCUACGAGAAGGAGUACAACGUUAAGAUUGAGUUCUCGGUCGAGACUGAGCCUCUGGGCACCGCCGGCCCGCUCAAGCUCGCCGAGCGCAUCCUCGGCAAGGACGACACGCCCUUUUUCGUCCUCAACGCCGAUGUCACCUGCGAAUACCCCUUCAAGCAGCUCGCUGCGUUCCACAAGCAGCACGGCGAAGAAGGCACCAUUGUGGUGACCAAGGUGGAGGAGCCGUCCAAGUACGGUGUCGUUGUGCACAAGCCCAACCACGCCUCGAGGAUAGACCGCUUCGUUGAGAAGCCCGUCGAGUUCGUUGGCAACCGCAUCAACGCCGGUAUCUACAUCCUAAAUCCCUCGGUGCUCCAGCGUAUCGAGCUCCGCCCCACCUCUAUCGAGCAGGAGACUUUCCCGGCCCUCGUCAAGGACGGCCAAUUGCACUCGUUUGAUUUGGAGGGCUUCUGGAUGGACGUCGGUCAGCCCAAGGACUUCUUGUCCGGCACCUGCCUGUACCUCUCCUCGUUGACCCGCCUGGGCUCCAAGCUCCUCACACCCGUCACUGAGUCCUACGUACACGGCGGCAACGUCCUAAUCGACCCCUCAGCCAAGAUCGGCAAGAACUGCCGCAUCGGUCCCAAUGUCACCAUCGGCCCCAACGUUGUUGUCGGCGACGGUGUCCGACUACAGCGCUGUGUCAUUCUCAAGAACAGCCGCAUCAAGGACCACGCCUGGAUCAAGUCGACCAUUGUCGGCUGGAACAGCAGUGUUGGAAAGUGGGCUCGUCUGGAGAACGUCACCGUCCUCGGAGACGACGUGUCCAUCGGCGACGAGAUCUACGUCAACGGCGGCUCCGUCCUCCCCCACAAGUCGAUCAAGGCAAACAUCGACACGCCCUCGAUCAUCAUGUAAACCGCUUCAUUCACUUUGAUUGCGGCUCCUUUCUACACCUUUUAAUCCUCUUGCACUUUUUGUAUACCUUGCAUCUGGCUCUGCAACAGCACAGCUCGGGGCGCCUCCAGGGUGGAUGUGUGUGCGGAGUUUAUACGGAGUUCUACCUUUCUCUACUCUACGUGUCGGUUGGGUCUGAUAAAAAAGCGAAAAGCUCGGGCGAGGGCGGGUUCAGUUACACGAUUUGCGGGACAGGACAGCGUUUGGGUGCU